AUGAAAGAGGUUUAUUUGGCCGUUUUGCUUGGAGUUUCUUUGAUUCUCUGCUUGAAUUUGAUUGAGGCCUGUGCAGAAAUUAGAGUUAGAAAGGAAAUUAGGGAUCUUUCUCCUGACGAAUUAAGCCGGCUGCAUGCUGCCAUCAAGACAUUAAAUACAAGAACGGCGGGCCAAAUGCGCUCCACAUGGGACUUGGAUUGGUCCAUUGACUCUCAAGCGCCGGAGCAAUCGAUCGUUUUCAGCGAUGCCUAUUUUGGAGGAAAUGGGGAUCCAUCUAACGGGGGAUGUCUUAGUACAGGGCCAUAUGCCAAUUGGAAUGUGUCCAUUCCACAAACCCACUGUCUUGCGCGCUCUUUCAACGGAGGGACCAAGAUUUCCUCAUUUGUUGCCCCCGUUAUUUUGGCAUUGAUUAUUUCGCAAUCAAACGAUUUCGAUGCAUUCAGACAGGCCAUUGAAUCCACUCCACAUGCAGCUCCGCAUAUAAACAUCGGCGGUGAUAUGCGGACAAUGUAUUCGCCAAACGACCCUCUUUUCUAUCUGCAUCAUGCUUAUGUGGACAAAGUCUGGUAUUCGUUUCAAUUGAAAAACAACAAGUCGUUCUUCUAUGCUUUCGAUUCGGAAACGAACCCAAACAUCAACCGAAAUUAUAUACUGGCCCCAUUUAACACGCCGGUUUCUUCCGUUUUGGAUCCUCUUCAGCUUUGCUAUAGAUAUCAAGAACCCUCGGCCCGAUCCGGGCCGGCUUCUCGCCCAUUCGCGGCGACGACUUCUUUUGGGCCCGAUUUGAAUUCUCAAAAUGGCAGCGUUGCGUCUGAUGUCAACGCGCCUAGUUCGAGGACCGUAAUUACUUCAGAGAGAAAUGAAGUUUCAAAAUUCAACUUUUCAGCAACUUUUCUGCUUGGGUCAAAUGGGACUCUUAUUUCGAGCGCCGUAUUUUCGGCAAACAAGUCAGCCGUGGCUUUGGCAUACUCGAUCCUCGACGCAAUAGUUGGAUCGCCCCAGUCUGCCCUUCAAGUCAGGGAUGCCAAUUUUUUUGAAAAGAUGUUCUCCUUUGACAAGGCGCUUAUUGAGGGUAGAAACCCAGACUCCCUCGAUAGGCAGGAUGUUACAAAGCUUCGCCUGCCACAGGAGAUAGAUGACGAAUACAUCCAUCACAUGGGCAUGGAUUUCAAUGCUGUAAGAAACAUCGAGUCCGCCCUGAGCACCCUGUAUGAUCUCAGCAACAACAGCUAA